AUGCGCAUGUCCUCUGUGAAUACCUUUGCAGCCCUCGUGGUUGGCUUUGCUGCAGCUGGUUGCCCCUAUGCUGAGCAUGCUGUUUCUCCUGCUGCCGCUACAGGAUGUCCUUAUUCAAAGCGUGCUGCUGCUGCCACUGUGCCUCAAGAAAAGCCCGCGGUGUCGCGUCGUGGUCCAGUUGAGGGCAAGAAUGGUAUCUUCUACAUGAACCGCAUUGGGCCCUCCGGCUCGCAGCUCUGGAUCUCUAAUGCGGACGGUACCAAUGCGACAAAGCUUAUGGGAAACCAGACAUGGGCAUUCGAUUACCACCCCUCCUGGUCUCUCAAUGGCGACUGGAUCAUCUUCACCAGCGAGCGUCGAUCCCCUGGGCAAUCUGACUUAUAUCGAGUGCGCCCUGACGGCACCGGACUCGAGGUGCUCGAGGAUACAGACAGCGUCGAAGAUGCGGGCACACUGUCACCAGACGGUACUAAGGUCGCGUACGUGUCGACGAAAGGUAACUACACAACCAACGUUUGGAUCAAGGACCUGGAGACCGGUCUGGCGCGCAACCUGACCGAUAUGGCUUCCACGCGCAGCAACAACAUUUGGCCAUCUGGACAUUUCCGUCCUGCAUGGUCCCCUGAUGGAGAAUGGCUCGCCUUCAGCUCUGAUCGCAACACUGACUGGACCGGCCACACCGAGGGUACCGGCUGGGAGCACACGCAAAGCUUGGGUAUCUAUGUGAUUCGUGCCGAUGGUCGCGACUUCCGUACGCUGCUCCACGAGCAGGGCUAUGCGUACGGUACUCCCCAGUGGUCAUCUGACGGAGGUCGCAUUACCUACAACAACAUGACGACCGAGCAUACGUACUAUGCGCACUGUGUGUCUUCAGAACAGGAGUUGAUCUCUUCGCAAAUCUGGAGUGUGGACUUCGCGACAGGGGAGGACCACGUCAAGCACACCUCCAGCGACACCUUUAAGGUUGGACAACACUAUAUCGGCAAUUCCACCAACAUUGGGUACCUGGUCAAGGCUGGAGAUUUCGAGGGUAUCCAUUACACCACGCCCGAUUUGACUCACAAUGCCUUCAACCUGACCUACCUGCGUGACCCUUCGUGGUCUCCAGAUGGAAAGAAGCUCGUGUAUUGGGUCCCUAACUGGGAUCAGCAACCCGCCGAGCUGGAGUUGUUUAGCUACGACAGCGAGUGGCAGUACCGCUACUUUGAUGUCUUCCCCAUUCAUAAUACGGUCAUCAACCGCAUGGCGAUCACACAGAAGGUUUUGGGAGGUGCUAAUGGCUCGGUCGUGCAUUCAACCCCGAUGUACAAGGAUGUGGUCGACGCGCUCGACUCCUACGAUAUCUACUCGACCCACAACGAGACCGAAGCCCUGUGGCUCGAGGAAGGCCAAGCAGGUGGUUUCCAGCCCUCCUGGAACCCCGACGGCACUGAACUUGUCGCCGGCUUCGGUGCCUGGUUCUUGACUCGUACCGAGUCCUCCGCCGCUAUUUACCGCAUGCUCGCCAACGGUACCAAACACGAGAAUCUGACCGAUUGGAUCAAUAACGCUGGUUUUCCUUCCUGGUCUCCCGAUGGUUCCGCCGUGGUCUACCGUCUGUGGAACAUGGAGAGCGGCAGCCCCAUGGGCCUGCACAUUCUUAACUUAACCACCGGCGAGACUACCCAACUCACUCUCGGAUGGGAUAACACACCUGGCUGGUCUCCCAAUGGCGAGCGUAUUGUGUUCACCCGUAACAAUAACUGGACCGAAUCCUACGGCGCCCGCUGGUACGCGGACCGCUUUGACAUCUACACUAUCCGCCCCGAUGGCACCAAUCUUACCCGGGUCACGGACAGUCUGUCCAACGAUGCUCACGCCGUCUGGUCUCAGGAUGGUCGUAUUAUGUAUAGCACCGGUAUGUACGGCUUUAAGGACGAGAGCCAGCUCUUCGACAACACCUUCCAGCCCUACGGUCAAAUAAUCGUCAUGGACUACGAUGGUUCCAACAAGAAGCUAAUGACAGAUACUAUCUGGGAGGACUCGAUGCCUCUGUACAUGCCCAAUGAGUAUCUCAAGUAG